CUGUUCGAAUAUUCGAAGCGCCAGUUUCAUUUCCGUAUUAUGCUGUGGAGAAAAGUUAACCUGGGUUUAGGGGUCGGUUUGAGCACAAAGGAAUAUACCUUUGGAAAAUUAUACCAAGGAAAAGCAAAGUAAAAAUUAUACAAGUUUUCGGCAUUGAUACUUUCUCUGUGCAAAAAGCUUAAUUUAUUGUAUUCUCCACGUAAUUGCCUGGGCUUAAUAGCUUAGAGCAGAGGCUUCGAAAGUAGCCCGAAACAUGGAAUGAAAUUUAUAAAUUUCUAAUUUCCACAUUUGUUUUCCUGUUUUAUUCCCUUUGCUGCUUUGUUUUGCUGAUAAUUUGCAACUCUCUGUGAUUUUUCGACAGGUACUAUUUCAGGUGGAAAAAAGGACUUCAAAGUAUAUAUGUACUUGAAUAUACAUCUGAGGAAUGAGUUAACAAAAAAGAUAAAAAAUGAAGCAAAAGGAACUUCUUUGGAACAUAAAAUAGUAGGAAAACAGGCGCAGUCAAAUUUCCUCGCAAGUUAUCCCUUCCAUUCAAUUUCAUUCCAUUUGUAGUCCAACACAAAAGUGCGCCGUCACAGAGUUUUUCUUGCCGAUCAAUUUUUCCAAACUUAUCUUCAUUUUUUCCUCAAAAUUUACCUCUUUUUUCCAGCUAUUCGCUCUUUUGCUCCUAUAGCCUUCCAUUCUAAUCGAUAUUUGUUCCUAAAUAUAUAUAUUCAACAAAUAUACUUCUACUAGCUUGCGUUUGGUGUAUGUUAUUUGCACUCUAAUUUGGGAACCAUUUUUCCCAAUAAUUUAUCCUCUUUUUCCUCGUCGCUCAUUCAUUCAUUCCCCUCAGUUGUCGUCGUCCCUCUGAAAUUCAUUUCAUUUCAUUUCAUUUCAUUCACUUUCUUUUCUCUUCUGAACUGCGUUGUUCUAUCGUGGUGGUUGCCUUGCCUCGUCGAUCGCACUUAGAUUCUCUACCCACAUGCUACAGUCCAUUGCCGCCCGGCCUGCUCUUAUUUUCCUGUUUUGCCUGCUCUGCUGCCGUGCUAUAUCUAUUCUAGUAUAGUGUGUUUGACGACUGUGAUAUAAUAUAGCUUUUACCUUUCUUUUACUCUGCCUGCGAAACAACCAUUACUGCUGCAUGCCCUUGCUCGAAAACACAAUACGCUACGCAAUACCAAAACCCUAAAUCACACCCAAAACACAGCCAAAAAUCCCCACUGUCCACCCAAAAACGCAACCAAAAAUUUAUUUUAUCCACUCAAAUACUCGACAAAAAACUUAAAAAACUCAAAAACUUAACCUCAACUUUGUCUGCAACUUGCAUCUUAACAACUGCAGUUUAAAAACAGUCGUCAUCUAGUUAAUUCCAUUUUUUCACUUUUCUUUUUCCAUUGCUUGAUUUUAUCCUGAAGCAUCAAAAACCUUGGCGAAAAACUGACAACUGAACGACGUUUCUCGCGAACAUUUCCAAAAUUUAACAUAUUUUGUUAUAACUCGACUCAGUUUGUCCAAAAAAAAAAAAGCUUUCGCUCCAAACAGGAAUUAUUAAUAACCCAAGAAACCCAUAGUUUUCACGACUUUUGCACACAGCUUGACAAUCGAGAAUUAAAACCGAUUUCGCAAAUCGAAUUUGUUUCAGUCCGUAGCACCUUGUUUGCAUCUUGUAUUUGUUCACACAACGACUAAAAUUAGCCAUUUUGCAAAAGAAAUCACCAGGUGCCAAAAUUUCAAAACCUUCUGUUUUGCCUCUUCCAAAAAAUUAUAUUUAAAAUUCGUCUCUGAACAAUUUAACAUUUCUAUUGUUGUCUUCAUUUAAUUUACUCAAUUAUCAAUUCGAAAAUCAUUUCAAUUCUGAUUUUGUUUCAAAAAGUUUAAACAGUUGAGCAGUGAAUAAUGAUUUACACGGGACCGGUUGCAACUGUUCCCCUCAACGGUCAAAAUGGGAGCCAGGCCGGUCUGUUGGACCCCACGGUAUCUUCAACUACGCCAGCCACCGGAGCACCUGCCGGCAACACUAUAGAUCACGUGGCCGCACUGGCAGCUGUAGCCAAUCACAAUGCAGCUAACAUGAUAGCGUCGGCUAUUGUGCCCAACGGACAAAGUGCCGACGGGAAGUUGUCGCCCGCGGCACAAUUCGACACCUCAGGAAUUUUGGCGGGUCAACAACAACAGGCGAACGAGUUGAUUCAAGCGGCUCAUGAACAAGCGAUGAAUGCUCAGAAAAUUAAAACAGAGCCCAAUGACGUGUCGUGCAAAGGGGGAAACAGUGUGUCACCCUCCUCGGGGGUGACAGGCGGGGGAGGGGCAGAGGAGUGCAAUGGGGACGCAAACACGAUAGGCCCCAAGAGACUUCACGUGUCCAACAUUCCAUUCCGAUUCCGAGACAACGACUUGCGCACCAUGUUCGGGCAAUUUGGUCCCGUGACAGAUGUCGAGAUCAUUUUCAACGAAAGAGGCAGCAAGGGUUUCGGCUUUGUGACGUAUACGAAUUGUUCGGACGCAGACAGGGCGAGAGAAGCACUACAUGGCACCAUUGUGGAAGGACGCAAAAUAGAGGUAAACAAUGCAACUCCUCGAGUCAUGACCAAAAAGAAAGACUUCUCAGCUAGCAACCCUGCACUAACUAUGGCACUCCUCGGAGGCGUGAACAGGAACCUGAGACCAAACGGAGGACGUCCUCUGAACGCCCUGGCGGCCAACAACGCGGUAGCGGCCGCUAUGGCCAACAAUCUGGCGGCAGCUAUGGGCAGACAGCAGCCACAGCUGCAGACCCAGUUCCAACUGGGGUCCAAUCCAGCAACUCCGCCCGGAUACGCGUCAUCACAUGGAGGACUCAUUUAUUCUCCGGCUGCCACUGCUGAUGCCAGUGCAUUCUACACUCUCGCACUCAAUGCAGCAGCCUUGAAUGCGGUCAAUGACCCUUACAAAGCGGCUGCCCUUCUCAACUCUCGCUCGCCCGCCGCAGCCCAGUUGACUUUCAACCCGCAGGCUGCUGCUGCCUCCAUCUCGGCCGCACAACUGCAGCAGAUGAUCCAACCCACAUCCUACAUAACUGGUGCUCACAACUCGCCCGCAGCAAAUGGGUCGCCGGGUGGAAACGGGGGUCCGGCUGGGGCUGCGGCUUCGAUGCAGUUCCAGCUAGCAGCAGCCGGAUAUAACGGUCUACCCAACGGGGCCAAUGGAGUCAGCCACCAUAAUAAUGCUAACAUCGACCCCUACUUGGCAGCUCUAAACCCAGUCGCAACUUAUGCAACUUUGUCACGAGCAGCUGCGGCGGCUGGGGGCGUUGCGGGUGCUGCGUCUGCAGGACUAAACAGGUUCACACCCUACUGAAUCACGAAAAAAAAACAGACAAAACAAUGUCUCCUAAUUGGCUUUCAAGUUUCGACGCCGAGACUUUUUAGAUCUCCGAUGGGUAAAGAUUAUUGUCAAGAUAAUGAUGCAGAGCAAAAACAGAAAAACCUUGAAAUGAUUACGCAGAGUUUUUGAACUGAAAUUCGGUUGAUUAAAUAACAAUCGAGUGAAAUAACCUCUGUAAAAAUGUCAUCAAAUCUUAUUUUGAAUAUUAAAGAAAUUCCUGCUUAAUCUACAAUCAUUUCUACUGUUUAUUUGAAGACUCUAAAAAUAUCUAUUUGUAAUUUCGUAUUUGAAUAAUGGUAAUUAUCAAGUUUUGAAUAGUGUACUCUAUUCUAUUAAUCUCUUGUUACUUGUACCUGGCAUUUGUCAGUUCCUAUCACGUUUCCAAUGUUGAAACCUAAUAAUGUGCUUCCUAAGCUAGACCAAUUUAUUUUGAACUUUGUAGAAAUUAUUCCAUAAAAAUUCGGUCGGCUGAAAACAAAAAUCUGAGAAAAGCAAAAGAAAAUAAAACUGAGUUGCUAUUUGCAAAAAAUAAUAAAUUGAUUUCAGCUAUUUCAAUAUCGCUUAAGUGGCAAAAAUUACUUAAAAAUAUUUAUUUUUGGAAAUAUUUUAAAUUUCAUAUCUCAUUUUUACGACUAAGAUUUGAUUAGUUUUUCUCCUUCAUUGUAACUCGUAAUAAUAUUGCAGUAUUCAAUUUCAUGUUUUCAUUUUGUCAAAUCCAAGCAGCUUAUAAUUAAACCAUCGGCUUAGCCUUCAAUUUUAGACUAUAUGUGUCAUUCAAUGCCAAGUUCAUUACAAUAUUCAAAAUAACUCCCAAAAUAUUCCCAAAAUAACCUGUCUUCUUUACUACAACAAAUCCUGCCAUUUUAAAAUCAUCAUGAACAAAAAAAAAGUGAAAUAAAUUUGCAAUGAAUCAAAAUCAAAUUUGCAGAAUCAAAUUUGCAAUGAACUUGGGUGUUGCAGCAAUCAACUUCAUGUCAAUUCAUAGUAGGUAAAUUUCUCUUCUCCCGAAGUGCAGUUAGUCUUCUGUAACUAUCAUCCGUCGGCUCGUUUUAACUAUCCCCCUUGCAGCCUAACUAUCCCCCUUAGAUACAAAGUUUACAUAAGCUUAACCGCUUAACCAGUUGAUCAUUGGGGUGGCACUUACAUUAAUGUUUUCAAAAACAAAUAAUUUCAUAUUUAAAAUUAAAAAAAAACUCUUAGGUACCCUAUGGGGAUAGUUAAAGUCCCGUCUAUAUUAAACUUAAUGUCAAACCUUUCUCCUUCAAACAAUGGGGGGGGGGGUGUUUGGUGACGUCUAACUCAUCUUCGCGAUUAGUUUUUCUUGGAUUUCCACGCAACUGAAGCAAUAAUUUGUCAAUUUGAGGGUCGUAUUUAAAUGAUUUGCAGAAAUAAUGGUGUUUGGAUAAAAGACAAAGGCGAAACAUAGGAUUCACACAAAUGUUACGUCACCAAACACUUGAGGGAUGGUAGCUUUCUUCAAUUAAAUGUUAUCGCAUCCGUGUAACCUACCAACUUCCAUCUAUCUGUUUAUCAACCUAUCUAUCUAUUGGUGUGAGUGUGUAUUAAUGAUUUAUUUAUGAUGAAAAUUACCCAACGCAGUGACAAACGAGUUGUUCAAGUUAAGUCGUGGGCAAAGAUAAACAAUUUGUUUACUAUCCGUUUACCGAUCAUAAAUCAUCAUCAUCGUACUGGUCACAAACAAACUCUGCACUUAAAAAGACAAGUGCAGUUCCAUGUGAUUUCUGUCGUAUAUCUUCCUGGCUGUUUACUAUGUUUAUCUCAAUGUUGUUGUUCUUAUUGUUUCAUCCAUCAAUCAUGCUAAAUGUAUAACCGCCAGCAGGCAAAAAGUGAAAUGGUGCAAAUAAACCCACAAGUGGAGAUUUAAACUCACUUAUAGUGCAAUAUACUACUCAUGUAGUCUUACCUCCUUACCAAUCUGAAGUAAAGCUAAGAAAUCUGACUAAAGAAAUAUUCGAAUAGUAAUCUCAUAAAUUGUAAAGGACGAUUUAUCUGUUUAAUACUGCUAAAAUAAAAAAAAUAAAAACCAA